AUGGUGCGUCCUAGUUUUGAGAUCUCCAGUCCUACCCCUGGGGAACAGACUGUCCUAGGCUCCUCAACUUACCCACCGGAGUACAUAUGGAAUUCUUUCUCUGACUCCCAGCGGAACUCAUUUAUCUCCACUUUGUUUCCCACCUCGAAUGUGGUGAACCUUCAGCACAAGCGACCAGAUUCCCCAAUUCGACAACUAUCUAAGGAUCCCUGGAAUACCUUUGAGGCGAUUGGCGAAAUUUUUCAAGAUCGGUCACUCCUGCUUGCCCGACACAAAUGUGAAAGAGAACGCCUAGUGCAUAUUCAAAAGCUUGAGCACGGGUCGUGCUCAGCCCCAACUCAGCUAGAUCUUAUGAACCAGAUCUCGCACUCCAGCUUUCUGGCCCUACAAGGAUGUUACCUUCACGCGGGGACGACCUUCUUAAUCUGGGAACCAGUAGAAGUCUCAGUCGGUCAGAUAUUGGCAUCAAGAUGUAUGAUCACCGGGAGUGAAAUUAUUGAAAUCGUCCGGUCGGUGCUGGAAGGAAUUCAGUAUUUAUCUGAUCGUGGGAGAGUCCUCGCCACCCUGAGUGUGGACAACGUCUUUCUCACAUAUUCUGGCAAUGUCAAGAUCGGUACGAAACAUAGUAAGAUUCGGCGGCUUUCGCAAGGAAGAGACUAA